AUGAUAAACUUCAUAGAAUGGAUCCAAGACAACAAAGGGUUCUUUUCGGACAGCCUGGAGCUCCGGACGUCGCCGCUUGGUGGAAUAGGAGUUUUUGCAACUGAAGAUAUUCCCGAAGAUACGGUCUUGUACCGGCUGCCAAAAGAAGAAAUCCUAUCGCCAAGGACCUGUGGAAUUUCCAAUCUACUGGCAGAAUACGAUUAUUUAGGAAUGGAAGGCCUGGUGAUGGCAUAUCUUUUUGAAAAAUCACUGGGCAAUCAGAGCCCCUGGGGGGUGUUCUUCAGCAGUUUGGAUUCGACCCGAAGACCUGAUGUCUCGACACUGUGGUCAGACGAGGAUAAAAUGCUGCUCAAGAAUACUGAUGUUGAUACAAUUGGUGGCCUAGACGAGGGGGAAAUCUCAUCACUGUAUCAAGAGGCUCUCGAGUUCGUUAGCCAUUGCGACGAUAUGAUCCCACCCUUCUCUUACCAGGAGUAUGCUGAUGCUUUGAUCAUCGUCUCCAGCAGGGCUUUUUUGGUUGAUGAGUUCCACGGGCUUUCUUUAGUCCCUGGUGCCUGUUUAUUCAAUCAUUCAGAUAAGGAAGAUGUGCAUUUUGAAAGCGAUUUCGAUGUCUGUGCUUUGUGUGGUGGGCUGUUCUGUGAUUGCCGUGAAUCAAAAGCUAUGGAGCUCGAGCAAGAACAUGUCAGUAACUCUAAUAAUGACCAAGAGUCCGAAAACGAGUCGGAGACUGGAUCUGAGAAUGAAAAUUCUAGUGUACAAAGUGGCGCUGACAACGUCUGCGAGAUCCGGUCGGUCAGGUAUAUUCAAGCCGGCAACGAGAUCAUGAACACGUACGGCGAUGAACCAAACAGUGUGCUGGUAUCUCGCUACGGAUUCGUUAUUUGGGCGAAUCAGAAUGAGAGCAUCAAUGUGAGCCAGCAGGUCCUACAGUAUUGCCGGGCUAACGACCUGAAGCUCAGGUUCAAAUGGUGGAAACAAAACUUUGGCAAACUUUGCGAACCUGAGGCUGAUAGCUGGCAGUCCGUAGUUGAAGUCAACAUUCACGGAGAAGUUACUGAGCCCUUCCAAUUGCUCUUGACAAUUCUCGCAAUGCCCCUCAAGGCCUUCGUACUACUAUCUAAAGGGGGCAGGCUGAAAGAGCCCAAUGAUCAUACGCGGAGAGAAGCCAUUCUUCGAGAAAUUCUACAAGCUCGGUUUAUGGCUUUUACAGACGGUGGCAUGUCAAGUGAAGAAUACCACAGAAUAGCUAACGCAGCUACCGGUCACAAAAAAUUGGCAUUAUUGUAUCUAGGCACCAGCAAGCUUUGUCUUGAAAAGGCAAUCGGUGCGUUGUAA